AUGAGUCCCAUGAAGCGGGAGCCAACGCCGGACUUGACGAACGUCGUACCUGUCUUGGAGCGCAAGAGACGCCUGACGCAGUGGGACAUAAAGCCGCCCGGUUAUGAGAUGGUUACGGCCGAGCAAGCCAAGCUAUCCGGCAUGUUCCCCCUGCCCGGCGCUCCCCGACAACAGCCCAUGGACCCGUCGAAGCUCCAGGCCAUGAUGAACCAGCCCGGCAGCCAAGUAACGAGCGCUGGCUUGAAAGCAAGCAAUUCCCGCCAGUCCAAGCGCCUUAUCGUUUCCAACUUUGCCCCCGCGACCACUGAGGAAAAUCUCACUUCCUUCUUCAACCUCCAGAUGAACGGGCUGAAUGUCGUGGAGAACCAUGAUCCCUGCGUUGGCUGCCAGCUUUCCAGCUCCGGCGCAUUUGCUGUUUUGGACUUCAAGGAUGCCUCCGACGCCACUGUUGCGCUUGCUUUUGAUGGCAUCUCAAUGGAGGCGAAUGACGCCGUGAACGGCUCAGCAGAGCCAGCCGGCCUGGUCAUUCGACGACCUCAGGACUACGUUAUGGCCGCCGUCCCAGAGGAAGUCGCUCACGACCCUGAUGUCGUUUCCAGCCAUGUUCCCGAUACGCUGAACAAGCUGAGCGUCACCAAUAUCCCUUCGUUCCUCACCGAGGACCAAGUUAUCGAGUUGCUCGCCGCCUUUGGUAAGCCGAAGGCAUUCGUCCUCGUCAAGGACCGAAAUACCCAAGAGUCCAGAGGAAUCGCGUUUGUCGAGUAUCUCGACCCAGCGACGGCAAACGAGCCAGCUCUCAACACUCUCAACGGCAUGGACGUGGGAGGCAAGAAGCUGAAGGUGAUGAAGGCUAGCUCUGGCUCCACCCAGGUAGCCAACUUCGAUGUUGGCAUCACCGCUAUCAGUGGCCUCGCGUCUCAGGCUGCACCCGAGGACAACAAGGGCCGCGUCGUCCAGAUGCUGAACAUGGUCACGCCGGACGAGCUUAUGGACGAUGAUGAAUACGAAGAAAUUUGCGACGACAUUCGCGAAGAAUGCGAGAAAUUUGGCAAGGUGCUGGAGCUCAAGGCGCCUCGACCUUCCGGUGGUAGCCGACAGUCUGCUGGUGUUGGCAAGAUUUAUGUCAAAUUCGAGACGGCAGAGUCGGCCAAUCAAGCGCUGAAUGCUUUAGCUGGACGAAAGUUUGCCGACAGAACCGUCGUCACUACUUAUUUCCCCGAGGAGAACUUUGACGUUGGUGCUUGGUAA